AUGAGUGUGUCUAGGCCCUCUAUGGUAGAGGUGGGAGUGUUACCCGACUGCGGGUCCGAGAGUGAGAGGAUGGUCUCGGCCUCCUCGGAUGAGGAGUCCACCCUCUCUGAGGGGAGGUCGCGCUCUGGAUCGGCCGGACAGGAGGGAUCCUCGAGGGCCACCAAGCGCGCCGCUCCCCAGUCGGGAGAGCCUUUGGAGCCCGAAGUGGCUCCUAAGAUUAAUACAGCCCGCAGGGGCAGGCCCAGGGUCCCUGGGAAAACCUACCCCGGCGCGGCGGUGGCAGGGAGAGGUCGUUCCAGCUCGGCAGAGUGGAACGCCCUCCAGAAGGAGGCGGACGCCACCUUUUACAAAGAGGCCCUCAGGGGCCCGGGCCAGGUCGGGGAGGCCGAACCCGAGGGCGCGGCGGGCUUCGUGAGAGAGUCCCUGGCCCAGGAAGCGCGAGACGGCCUCGCGGCAAUACUGGCGGAGACCGCCAAGUCCUCUAAUCUCAAGGGGACGGUGGUCAAAACCAUUAAAGAGGCCGUCAGGAAGGUGGAGGGGGCCGUCGACUUCCUCCACCGUGGAGAGACAGCCACGGAGGCAGCCCGGCGGAUGUCGGAGGACAACCGCCGGACGAGGGGGCAACUCGCUGCCCUUGGGGCGGAGGUGAAGGCCUUGAGGGGGGCCUACUCCUCCGCCAUGGCCAAGGCCAAGGCUCAAGUGGCUCCACCGCCGUGCAGCUUUGCGGAGAUGCACGCGGGAGUGAGGGAGGCCAUUGAUGACCUUAGGCGGGACAUCUUCACCUCCAUGAAGAACAUGGUGGACGCCCGCCUGUGCGACAUUGAGCGGCGCCUCCCCGCGGAGACCCUAAGGCCUUCCCUGGGCGGCAAAAGAGGGACGCCCGUCCCUGAAGCGGCGCUCACCGCCGCCGCCUCUGCAGCCGCCUCCAGGAUGCCUCCCGCCGUGGCGGCCUCCGAGCCGACCCCGGGUCCCUCUCUUGCCCGUGAUGCGCCUGCCGGCCCGAGGCCUAAAAAGGCCAAAAAGGCCGCAAAGCCGAAGGCUCCCGCCGCCCCAUCCGUGGCGGCCCCCGCUAUCCCCGUCGUCCCGGGGAUGGCGGCCCCGGUGGCGACCACGGGAACCCCGUGGUCGCAGGUCCUUGGCCGUAAGGCCAAGAAGGCCGCGAAGGCGGCUGCUACCAGCCAGGCAGCACGAGCCCCCACCAAGGCGGCUCCUAAGACGGCCACCAAGCCCAGGGCCCUUGCCACCCCGAAAUCAUCGGCGGUGGUAAUCACCCUGAGGCCCGAUGCGGUAAAAGAGAAGGGGGCCACCUAUAGGGGUAUCCUCGAGGCGGCAACGGCGGCCAUUGACCUCGGGAGCCUCGGCAUCCCGACUGUGCGCAUGCGGAACACCCAAACCGGUGCCCGCAUGAUCGAGGUGCCCGGGGCGACCAGCGCUAAGAAGGCCGACGCGCUGGCCUCCAAAAUUAUUGAGUUGGUCGGGGGGCUGGCCAUGGUGUCGCGGCCAUCGAAAACCGCGGAUUUGAGGGUCGCCGGUCUCGAUGAGACGGCGACCCCCGAAAAGGUGCGGGACGCGGUGGCCGCGAAAGGCCAAUGCCCCCCCUCGGAGGUCAGCGUGGGGGCGGUGAGACACGACCCCAACGGGAGGGGGUCGGCCCUCGUUCGCUGCCCGGUAAGGGCAGCACAGCUGGUGGUGGCAGCAGGCCGCCUACAGAUGGGCUGGACCUCCGCUGGGGUCCAGGUGCUGGAACCCCGCCCCAUGCGCUGCUAUAAGUGCAUGGGGAUUGGCCACACCAGGGCGCUCUGUCCGUCGCCGAUGGACAGAAGCGCCCUGUGCCUCAGGUGUGGCCAGGAGGGCCACCAGGCCGCCAGCUGCUCGGCGGCGCCCAAGUGCGCCGUGUGCACGUCGGCGCGCAGGCCGGCAGAGCACAUAAUGCGGGGGCUAUCGUGCGCCCCCCCGCCUAGUAGAGGUAAGGUGAUGGGGGCGACUAGCCCGCCCCCCAACCAAACCAGUGAGGGCGCAACAAUGGAGCACUAA